AUGGCUCGAAAAGCAACACGAAAACACAAAAAAGGACAUAGCAAGAAACAAUAUGCAAAGAGAGUUUUACAAAUUAGGGGAAUGCGACCAUUGGAUCAGAUUCAAGAGAGCAUUUCGAGGGGUAAGCUAAUCGAAGGAGUUGAGGAGCUUCCAGCCGGAGGAAACUAUUCUUGCUUGAAGUGCGAUGUAUAUUUUAGAGAUCAAAAUACAUUAGAACAGCAUUUUAAGACCAAGGCUCACAAGAAAAGAAUCAAAGAAUUUGGUAUCAAGCAGCACACUUCAAAAGAUGCGGAAAUGGCAGCUGGACUAUUUUGA